GCGCGCGCGUUCCGCGAGUUUCUCUCGCAGUCGUGGCCCGCGGUCCGUCGCGUUCGCAUUCGCGUCCUCGUCCGCGUCGUCCCCGUCAUCCGGUUGCAUUCCGUCCGGCGGAUCUAUAUAUCGAGCGACGAUACGCGGCCGCGUCCCGAUCGCCGAUUUGUUCGCGCGCGAAUUAAUCCGUCGUCGCCGUCCGGUGUUGUCGCGCGGUGCCGUCGAGUCGGCGGCCGUCGAUCGACACGCUGCGCCAAAAUAGAAAAAAAAGAAGAGGGACGAUUUCGACCAGCGGCGGCGAUCGAGGACGCGUCUGACGAACCGAGGAAUCGGGGAAUCCCGCGAGGGACCAGCCGACGAUCGCUGGAGAGGCAUCGUAAGGAACACGAAGCACACGAGCGUCGCUUCGCACCCCAGAACGGAACUCGUCGGCGCCCGCGAUAGUAUCCUGGAGGUUGGACAGCGAGCGAUGAGUUCGGAGUGAUCGCGGUCCACGUCUCCGGCGUCUCCCUCGUAUCGCGGACGCGUGCCGCCGGCCGGUGCCGCGGUCUCGUCAUCCGGGCACGCGAGGCAGUUGUUUCGCGUCAUCGUCACACGUGGCUCCACAUGGACCGUCGCCGCGAAACGUGAGCGACGGAGCCCGCGCUCCGUCCGCCCCCGCUGAUCCGCCGUCGACCCCCUGCUAUUUUGUUUUGGGCAUCCCCGUCAAGGACGCGAGAUGUUGGCAUAACGACGACAUGGAGACGCUAUACACCGGCGCGAUUCACGGUUUUCCGCAGCCCGGCGGCGGAAUAGCUAAUGGUGUUUCCACGGGAAUCGCAAGUUCCUUCGACCAGGACGGCGUGCUGAGUCUCAUCGUCGUCCUCGGAGGAAGUCUGUCUCUGGUGGCCCUGGUGUUUGCAUUCAUCACCUACAGCCUCUUCUCCGACUUGAGAAGCCUGGCAGGCACGACCCUGAUGAAUCUUUUGGCAGCCCUGUUUAUGGUUCAAUUAUUGUUCAUCGUAGGAGCUGGCGGAGUACAGGAUUCGGAGCUUUGCAUUUCGCUCGGUCUGAGUCUCCAGUAUCUCCGAGUAUCGGUGGUCUGCUGGUUGGCGGCGAUGUGCCACCACUUGUAUGCCACCGUGGCGUCGCUGCCGCGUCGCGACGACCCGCCAACUUACGUGAAAUACAGUCUGUUUGCCUGGGGUGCGCCGCUGAUCAGUCUCGCCCUGGCGACUCUCUUGCAGAGUCGCGAAAGCCACGAUUUCUGGAAUGUCGUUGAUCUCACACCAUUCAACUGCUGGUUUCUAGGAACCACGGCGACAGUUUACGCGUAUGGUUUACCGAUCGUCUUGCUACUACUAAUUUCCGGUUACUACCUCAUCAAAGCUGCGAUCGUGUCAAGGUACACGUGCAGCAUGCAGCUGGAGAUAAAGCAACGCGAGAAGAUGAAGAGGAGGCGGGCUCUGCAGCUGACGCUCUUCCUGAAGGUCAGCCUGAUCGUCGGUCUGGUGGCCGGUUGCGGGGUGGCGUCCAGAGUCUGGAAAAUUCCCUUCCUAUGGGCGGUCUUCUGCACGGGCCAUUCCUUCCAGGGAUCGGCAGUGGCACUCUCCGUCGCGUGUAACUGCAGGGUUCUGAAAGUCUACGCCAGAAAAUCGCACAAGCAUCCGGAACAUCAGAUUGCAAAAUCGAGCAGUAGCAUGCAGCUGCUCGCACCUGCGCCAGAUCCGGUCUAGGCGAUCCUGAGGCGAUCCUCGGAAUGGAAACGGACAGAAACGAAGAGGAAGAGCAACGAGUGGCGACGGCUGGUGUCUCUCUUUCCGCGAGCCAUAACUAUUUUUACAUUGAAAAUGUGCUGACAUUUCGCUCCUAACUUUGCCAUUUCUCUCUGUGAUCGGAAUUUCCCUCCGCGACGUGCGAUUUCAGUUUCAAUAGCCUCAAUCGUCCCUUUCAGCGCGACAUCUUUUCGUUGUCUGAGAUAGGUGGGAAGCUUCUAGAAAACUUGUAAUUUGUGCAAAUUGGAAAGAAUACAAAAGAAAGAAUUGGAAAAUUUCCGCGACUGGUAUUCUCGAUCGAUCGUACGUCGAUUCGUUACUCCGAGCUAUUAUUUUUCUUGAUUCAUGACAAUUUUAGUUCAAUUCUCGCGGCUCAUUAAAUAUUGCUUGGGUCACUGUUGUCCUCGGGAGUUUGAAAGGGUCCGGAAUUCGAGUCCUCUCGCACGUACGAAGCGGUAAUCCACUUGUCGGCUGUAAUUAUUAUUAAUUGUGUCCUCGAUCCUAAUUUUGACAAUUCAUUAUACGACCCAUUAUUUAUUACGCUCUGCAAAUCUCGAGAAACUCUCGAACAAUGAAUUAUAACUAUCAUCCUUAACGCAAGUUUUCAAAAAAAAAAAGAGUAGAAAAGUUAAGUAAAAGGAAGAGUCAAACUUUCCGAGUAAGAGGGCAAAUUAGAAACUCGAACUUUUCAAAGUUUUCAAAAUGAUGUUAAGAACUCGGGGGGAUUAACUAUCAUUUGCUAAAGCGGAUUGCUCGGAAGUCAAGUUAUUAGUGAUUUCUACAUGCUUAAUUAUCAGUCAAUAAAGAAAUUCGAAUCACGACUCUAAGAUGAAUGCGAACGAUCGACCCUGGACUGAAAAUUUGUCAAGUCCGAUUCUAAACGCAUCUCAAUUCCAAAUGCGUUUAAUUAAGAGAGAUCGAUUAGAAUUCAUUCGUCAUUUCGAUCUUACGCGUGCUCGGCAAGUUGUCACGACUGAUUUACGAGACUCGAAUCGCACGUCUCCGUAAUCCUAAUCGCAUUCCGCAACACUCGGUUACAUAUGACGUUGCGCAAUGUUACAAUGCGAGAGACAUUUUGAUGGUUUCGAUAUGACGAACGAUUUCAUGCUUCAGCAAGGCAGCGAGCGCGCAGGCAGCAAGAAAUACACGACAGGCAAUGCAACCAUCCCUAAUGUGAUAUGCAUAUCAUAUUAAAUACGCAAACUGUAUAUAUAAUUGAUGAACGUGACGAAUAAUCAUCACCUUAAUUAUUUUCAAUGUAUAAUUCCGCUCGGAGAGCUUCGAUUCGUGAUCCAGAAAUAAUUAAUAUCCAAUCGUACAAUUAUCAUUCUGUAACUUUUCCGGAGAUUUAAUUAGCAAGAGUUAAUGUACUAAAUUCAGUACUUUGUAAUCCUUUAUAUUACUUCGAAAUGGAUUUGUAUUGUCUCAAAACAUUUACUUAUAUAAAAAUAAUAAAUGGCGAAAGAUAAAUGUAAGAAAAAGCAUCGCUCGUGUAUCCAAGAUAUUUUUCCUAAAGAAAAUUCUAGUCUUUCCAAUUUUAACGAAAGCUCCUUCAACCAAUCUAGUACAAACUUUUAACAAAACAUGUUACGAGAAUUCUCGACCAACCAAAAACUAAAAGAAAUAGCGAUGCGUCUUUAAUAUUAAACUGCGCCCGACUCUCAUUAUUUUUUUUUAAUUUUUAAUAUUCGAUAUCAAAAGUAUAUCGCAAAUUUUCGUAAACACGAGCGAGGGUGAAAUUAUUUUUUCGAAACGUGACCCAGUUUUACCGGAUUGUCCCGCGAGAGGCAAUCCAGUCCGACUCUUCCGACUCUCUGCAAUAGAAUUUUAAAGCGUAACAGGAAAAGUUAUAUGAUUUCGUAUCAAUUAUCUGGAUCUCGAAACCGGGGCGAGCGAUAUUAUAGGAUGGACCGCCAUCGCCGUUAGCGAGUGUCUCUCUUUCCCACGACGAUGAGUACCAUAGGUAUGCGAAGCGACGUCGUACACCGUAAUUCAAUUUGUAGAGGUCAUUUAAGGGAUGAAGUGCCGGAGAAAGGGGAGGAAUGGGAGGGAGAGGUCCCAAUAGAAGGCAAGGCGGCAUCGCUCGCGCGUUUACGCGAUUUACCUCGGACUCUCGUGUGUUCUCUUGCGUUCAGGUGGACCCCCUUUAACCGGAGGUCCGGUGAUCGAUCGAUCGAAGGCUUGACUUUCCUCCGUCUCGAAGCGUUGCUUCAACGAAUGCGGUGGCGGCACUGAAACCACCGGGUUCGUGCUACGGCGCGACGCACGACGUGGCGAUGGUGAUGUAUCGAUACCUACUAGCUCCUUCGAGAAAAGCAUUCGAACGCCGUCGUUUCUUCUCUCUGAAUGGCAUCUAAUCAAGGACGAGAGCGGUGUAUAAAUUGGGCGCGCUACAAACAUCGACACUUCAUUAAAUUGUAUGUGUGUGUGCAUGGGUUACACGUACAGGCACACACACACACACACACGCGAGAGAGGAGAGCUUUUUAUAUGUAAGAAAAUAUAGAAAUAUUACUUUGGUUCUUGGUAAGAAUGAAGAUUGAAAACAUCCAUUACGAGAGAAAAUGAAUGUUUAGGUAUCCAAAGAUAAAAAUAAAAGGAAAAAAAAUGUAAAAAAUUUUUUAAAUAUAUAUUAGCCAUCGUGAUAUCUAGCGAACAUCGUCGAUAGCGUUAAUCUGUGUUUCAAGCCGUUGAAUUAAUCAAAAGUCUCGGGUUAGAAGAUUCCAAAACUUUUCCCGAGUCCCUAAAUAACGUAGAUCGAAAUACGGGCGGCGUAUGCGACUGCAUAUCGGAAUAUGCGGUAAAGAUAUGUAUGAGGAGGGCGGAGAAUGAAACGCAGUUGACUUGAUACCGGGCGUUUGAUCCGGGCUGGCGAACGAGAGACACGAGCGAGCGAAAUACGAUAGCCAAUGUAAGCCGACAUAUCAAUGUUGAAUAAUGCCCUUGAAUUUUCUAAGCGUCGAGCGGACCGAAUGCCGAACGUGACCGUUUGUCCGAAAUUUCGUCCCUGCGCGGUUCGCUUGAUCGAUACGUUCGCGGAACUCACCGCGCCGUGUACAUACACAACGUCGUCGCAUCGACGAGAGGAGGAUGCUCGUUGAAUCGGACUUGAAGAGUCGCGCGAUUAAUCGACGUCUAUCUCGCGACGGGGAGAUUUCUGUCAGCCGGUGAAUAAUUAGGAGCAAUCGUGACGGUAAUUGCGACAGUGGGAUAAUUGCGGCCCCCUUCGUAUAUAUGUAUAUUCCGAUAAUUCAAUGCGUAAUCGUUGCACAGAAACUCGCAAGAAUGACGAUUGUUGUUCAUUGUAAUGUAUCUAAUUUUAUUAGGAUAUUAACAUUUCUUCCAAACAAUAAUUACACGGAAAAAAAUUUCAAAUCGAUAAUUCACUGUUUCAUAUACAAGCAAGAAGAAUCUUUUUGGAAGAUUUUAUAAUUUUAAACAAACGUAAUUUGCUUACGUGGUUUUUGUUUGUUGAAAAUUCUGUUUAAAAUUAUAAAUCCUUCCAAGAAGAUUUUAUAUUCUUGUUUAUAUACGAAACAAUGAAUUGUUGGUUUAAUAUUAAUUUUUUGUGUAGUUAUCAUCGUUACAAGUUAACGAUUUAAAAAAAUAACUUGUUAUAGUUGCAGUUAUUCAAAAAGUAACGAGAAGUUAAUUUUCAGUUACUUUCCUGUUUUUUCUUGUAAUUUUUUAAAGCAUUGAUAAUUUAAAUACUAGACUCGGUCACUAACACUUAUCUUUAGAUCUUUGGAUCUAGCCAAUCACGUUAAAGCUGCGUUUGGAAACAUCAGCUGAGUACCCUCAUAUGAAUCAUUUUAUUCUUCUUGUUUACCGAUUGUUAAAUAAAAAUGAAACGACACAUGACGCCAUUCGAGUGAUGUUUGCAAAUGCAAAUUGACAAACGAGUUUAAAAUAUGUAAAGUAAUUAUUAAAUUAGUUACUAGUUACACAAAUAAUGUAACUAAGUAAAGUUAUAUAAUAGUUACAGAUGGAAAAAAAGUAACCUCGUUACAAGUAACGACUUACUUUCCAUUUCUAUUAAUUUGUGUGUUAAUUUAGUUUUAAUUUCUUUGAUUAUCAAUUAUAUCAGUGAAACAUAUCACCUUUUUUCUUGCCACAACUAUUUUUGAUAAAAACACAAAAUAAAUAUUUUCCAUAUUUAAAAAAAUAAAUUUUCAAGAGGAAACAAACUUUGCAGACACUUGUAACAAUUUUUUAAAACAAUUAAUUAUAACAUUUUUUUGCACUCAAUCAAUCAAAAUUAAACUCGUUAUUUAUCCACCUGAAUUUUUAUGAAAAAUAUUACAUUUUAUAGGACACAGGUUGUUAACUUCAAAACUGACAUAUUUCUCUAUUUUUUUACACACUUUUUUUUAUUUCAUGCGAGUUCCUUCUUCUGAUUCAGUGACACUGUAUAAGAGGAGAGAAAUUCGCACAAUGUAAAUAAUAUCUAGAAUCCGAAGACAUAUUCGUCCUCUAUAAAGGAAGAAAUCUUCCUGUCGGGAGACGGUACGUGUCACACAGACAUAUCGAGGCAGGUAUCCUCCUUCGCGGAUGCCCCAUCGAUCGCUCAAUCGUGGCGUUGCGCGUUUACGCAAACGAGCCCAGAGUCCAGAUUCCACAUACGCAAGCUCGUCCGUAUCCUCGGUCAACGUUGCGGUAUCAAGCGUAUCCUGCGAACGGUAUAUCGACUAACGGGAUUCGAUGUGCGCGGAGUGACGCGUGAAUAUCGAUCUCCCUCAUCCAGAGAAGUCCAUGUGCGUGCGUGCGUGCGUGCGUGCGUGCGUGUGUGUGCUUGCGCAUAUACGGCAUGUAUGUAUCCGCACGAUCGCGUUCGCGGCGGUUCGCGGCCGGCAUUCCCCCGCGACGCAAUUAACUUAACACCUGCUGAGGACCUGUGCAGAGUUCCGCGCUAGUGCUUGUGUAAUUGCGACGCGCAUGCACGUGUACGUGUAAACGAUGCAUGUUAAUCAUGGUGAAAUAAAUAUUUUGAAACCUACUCGGCGCGGGGAGAGGUUGGCGGAGUCGCCUCUCUAGAUCUUCGUAAGCACCUGCACUUUUCACCACCUCUGCGUACGAUCUCGAUCUCCCGAUCUCCUUUGACUUUCCCGCACCGAAGCCACCGCGAUGUUUCGAGUAACGAUGCUCCAGACGGAGUCUUCCGCGGGGUCUUGCGAUCUGUUUCAGCAGCUGCCGAGCGAGUGCUCUCCUCGUCCGGCAAUUAUUUUUCCUCUAUUACUCGACGAGAUUUAAGGUAGGACAUUUUAUUAUACCGGUAAAGAUUUGUUUCCCUCGCGAGUCUAAUAUAUCUGUCCUCCAGGUACUCGCGGAGAGAGUGUCUCCCGAACGUUCCAGUUUCUCUGUACACUUUUCCGCGCGACGCACUGAAUCUUCCGACGACGAAAAUACAUGGAGACUGAAGAGGGGGAAACAAAAAAUGUUGAGAUAAUACUGCGCGGUAUAUAUAAUGCACGGUGCAGGAGGAUUAAUGCUUAUACUCGGCUGGGUACUUCGUCCGAGCUAUCGAUUUUCCGAAAUACAGAAUAUGGUACGGAUGACUCGUUUAGUGCCUUUCGAGCGAAUGGAAGAGCGGCUCGUCCGUGUCAUUUCUCUCCUCGUUCUCUCCCCCCAAACGGACCUGACAUUUAAUUAUCGGGAAUGAUCGGCCGACGGUCCGCAACGCGACCAAGUGCAUUCGUUUUCCACCCGCCCUUUGGCUGCGACGCACUCGCGCGAUUUGACGACGCGCGACAAGCGCUUUUCGAGUGCGUUACGUUUUAUUCCGGAAAACGUGUUUCACACGCAAUACAGCUUUUCCUUGUCUCGUGCUUUUCAACAAAUUUUUAUCUAAAAUAUUGAUUAUAUUGUUAUCUACAAUGUUGACAAAUUUGGGUAUUUUUGUGAAAGAAUCUGCUGGUUAAAGUUUUGUGUUUUUAAGUAAUGAACAUAUUUAUGUGUAAUUAAUUCAACACACGACUGUUAAUAGAUAUAAAGAGUAGAAUUGUGAAAGCGAUUAAAAAAGUAUGUAAAAUUAUUUUUACAAUUUUACAUUUUGUAUCUCUUAUAAAAUUUACAGAAACAACAGGAGUGGGGAAAACUGUGCCAUAUGUUUUUACUAUUUUAUUAUUUUUAUCAUAAAAAUUGUACACACAGUCUCUAAAUCUGAAUCAGUGGAAAAUUAUUAAUCACCAGUGAUAAAUCAGUGAUUAUUUUAACCUAAAAAUCAAUAAAAAGUUUUUAUCAGUGUAUUAAUAAAUACACGAGACGAUAAAUUCAUUGGUUUUUUAUUUCAGAUAAUCACUAAUUAACAAAUUAGUGAUUAUCCAUUGAUUCAGGUUUAGAGAGCGAGUAACUUACAAAUUACUCAAUCAAGAUUGCAUUUCCUUUUUGUCGAAACUUUAACGCAGUAUUAAUGUUAUGUUAAAUUAAGACAGAAUUUUGAGUGGACCGUUUGGGACAUGGGAUUUAUGUUAAAUUCAACACAAUUUUUCCAACUGCGUACGUUACCUUUGCAGUGCCACCUACUUUGCAAUAUUAAAAAACUAGAAAGUCCAGUUAUGUUGACACAGUUUUUGAAGCAAAAACUUGAAACGCAAUUUUGAACGCUCGGUACUCCGGAAAAUAUGAUGCGACCGUAUCAACGUUUCGGAUCGCGAUGGAAUAUCAACUGUCAACGUGAUAACGUCUUUCUUUACGACGCAGACCCUGUUUUCGAUAUUAAUUUCCACGAAGAGUCUGACGAUAACACGUCCAUCCAUUUUGCACCCGCCAUUAUGGACAAUUUCCCGGGCGCGCUAAUUUCCCCUUAAUUAACUCGGUAUAAUUAGGCUGGACUUAUCUCGUGAAUUCGUAAUUCCACGCGAGGAGACGUCCUCGAGGGGAGAGUUAAUUAGAGAAUUUCGCGCGCGCGCGUUUCUUCUUACCGAAGGCGGAGGAAAAGAUGUUCUAGAGUACUCUAGACCAAGUCGCUUGUUGUUGCUCCGAGGAUGCUCGGCUCGGGCCGACGUCGCGACGGUAGGAUUCGUUAACGGACUCUCAAGACUUAAUGCAGGGUCAUUAAAGAGAAUGCGUCGCUUGAGUGCCGCCCCUUUACGACGUCGUAUAUAUAAGUAACUGUGGACUUCCAGCACAAUGGCCGACACCCCCGCGUAUUUCCUCGUACGCUAUUCAAGCGAGUAAGAUGCUAUUGAAACGAACCUCUACUCGUAGUCGCUCGCGGAGUUUCCUUCGACAGAUGGGCACUGACGUAAAUCUUUUUUUUUUUACCCUAAAAUUGGGAAACCUUUCACCGUUUUAUCGCGUGAGUUAUAAAUGGUGCGUUCAGGGAACAUUGGACACAUUUUCAAUCGAGCUGGACAAAGGAAGAUAAAUGGGGAUUAUGUUUCGAUGAAUUAUCGAGUAACCGAAGCCCUUAAAAAUGCAAAAAAUUAAUAAUUUACCAGAGAUAUUGCUGGAGCUGAAAAAUAGAAACCUUCAGCGAAUUGUAGCAAACGUUUAAAAAUAGGAGGAAAAAAAAAUAUUUGGACAACUAGUUUUAGCAGAAUUCUAUUCUGAAUAUUUUAAAUUCUGUUAAAAAGAAAAUAUCGUUGACUGAAUAGAGUUAUUUUUGUAACUAGAACGAAUUUUCGUUAUUUUAUUUCGAAAUUGCAAAAAAAAUAGUGUUUUCUAUUCGAAUAAAACGAGUUACUAACCAACAGAUUAAUGGGUUUUUCUCCGCUACUGUACCGUGGAAAUUGGAUUACCUCGGAAGCAGUAGUCAAGGAGGAAAGCUUGGGAAAUACUGGAUUAAAGACACGUCCAUCCGUGGGCACUGCGAACAGAAUGAAAGCGGAUGCAUCAUAAUCCUUAGUUUUCCAAAAAAAAACUUGGAAAGAUCGAAGAAUUAUUUGAGAAGGGAUGAUUUUCUAAAACAGAGAAGGAGAAAGAGAUAAUUUUAUGAAACAAUUUUUAUUAUUAACACACAGAGUAAAAUAUCGUGUCGCGUUGAAAUGUUGAAACGUUGUACGUCGAAAGCACGGGCAAUAUAGAUUUUAUGUUAUGGUGUUUACAUAUCUGAAAUAUAGAUAAAUUUCAUAUUACGACAUAUUUAUAUAUGAGACAUAAAACAUUUUAACGUGAUAAUAUAAAAUUAAAAACUCACAUCUCUUUCUUUCUCACAAAUGAUAAAUUGUGAUGAAAAUGUUAUUCCAAAAAUCUGAAUGGUACGUGUAAAUUUAAUAUUUUAUAGAGAAAAAAAAAACGUGGAAGAUCAACUCUAAUCAUUUUAUUUGAAAGCUUUUCAGGAUUUAAUACAGCAAGUGAUAUCGACGAGACGAUGUCAGCUUUGUAGCUUUUCAAAUAAAAUCUCAUUUACACAAGCGUGUGCCUUCCUUACCAAUGUUUCAUCCGUGCUCACGUUACGCUAGGAUGUAUAGGCGGAUGCUGCCGUUGCGGCAUAGAUCGGGUCGGUCGCUUUAUACAUUCCCGAAUAUAUCCCAAGCGAGCAAGAGAUUCCUCGUCGGUGCCAGGAUGUCUGGAACCGUUCAGCAUUGACCCGGUCUCUUUCUCUAUCUCUGUCUCUCGAGGAACCAAGGUCAUCCAGAUCAAACCUAUAAUUCCUCUUGACUCGCGACCAUCUGUCCGUUAUCAUCGCGCAGUGUAUUUAUUUUAUCGACAAUAUCCGACGUGAAGUAUCUGGUUCUUCGGCGAAGAACGUCCAGUCCUCGAAUGGAAGACGAAUGAUCUCGAUUGUUACAAUUUUAUAAGAGCGACGACGUAGGUUCUCUACGACAUCGGAAGUUUAUAUACAGAAAUGUCGAAAGAUUUAGAAAACCGAUGGUAAAGGUCCAAUCUUUUUUCUCCGCAAAUCCCACAUUUAUCAUUGAACUUUGCUAGAUUUAAUCCUUAAUCCUGAAAUUUACUUUAAGUUCCAGAUUAAGCUAAGAAAUUUCAUCUUUUUCUCCAUCCUGUCGUUCGCGCAACUUAUUUACGUAAGUUUCCGCAGUUUAAGAGCAACUUUAGCUUCAUCCGAGGGAUGAUUUCGCGAAAUUUGCUACAGACUGCGGCUUCUUUCCCUUUUUUUCCCCUCAUUCCACGUCUCUUCCCGACGAAGCACUUGCAGAGUAAGCAAUUAUUAUUUACGUUUAGUGUAUGUCGACGGUAAUUUCGAUAAAGUGCGCUCGUAUCCGGCGCGAGGGUUUUCGUUUCGUAUUGUGUUUCCGAGAGUGGAAACAACUAGUUUCCCCCUCCCGCUUCUUUUUCCCCGUCGAUGAAAUACGUUUCUCCCAGAGAGUAGUUUUGUUUCUCGUGCAUCGCGCUCGCAGGAAAUCGCGCUGCAGAAAAUAACAGGUGGUUUUCUCGCGCACUUAAAAGCCGGCGUAUUCGAUGGCGCUCGGCCACCAUCUGUGUGCGCUAAAAUCUGAUAAAUAAAACAACGCUCGUCGCUUUUAUUUCCACGAUCGUCGCGGUUGCAGCGGUAAGAAAGGUCGAGAGCUUCUGCAUAUUUUGGAAGCGUUUUACGGGAUGACGUAUGAAUUUUUACUUACGUCACCUGCCCUCCCCUAUUUUAUAUAUAGCGACGAGACAUUUUGUUCCAUCUUUAAGAACCUUUUUCGAGAAAAUUACGAAACUUUUUGGUUUCAUAAUUUUGCAAUAAGUAUUCAUAGAAACAUGGGAGUGUUAAAGACGUCUUUUAAACGUUGUGAAACAUUUCCUUACAUAUAGAUAGGAUAAAGUCAUCUAUUGCGGGAUAGGUUCCUGAUAUGAGGUAGCGAGUUUAGCCAUAUUAAUAAACGCACGCAUGUAGUUGGUAAACUACUAGUUGGUAAACCAUCGUAAACUUAUUAUUCUCAGGGUAAUCUAUUUACUAUACUUAAAAUAUAAAAAUAGGAAUUAAUGGUACGAGUGUAAAUUGAAUAAAUUAGAAGCCUUUAAAAAAAGGUAUCUCAUAAUAGCCGACUUUAUCCUACUUAUAGUAAAUCGCAAUGGUAUAAAAAAAUAUAGAUGUGCUCCCUCGCGUUCAAGCAUAUUAUACGAUCACAAAAUACAUGAGAAA